AAUUGGCACUCUGUCCAACACCUUUGCCUCUGUACAAUUCCAAAUUUAUGCUCCUCCCCCCAUUCUCUCUCACACAUUCCCCAUUGAAAUGGUGAUUUUGUUGGUGUUCUCAAAUUGGGGAUAGCUGGUGUAAAGAUUCAAUUUUUGAUCUGUCUGAGUAAUAAGCAAAAAGAAAAAAGAAGAGUACUUUUUUUUUAUUUAUUCUUUUUGGUCUGAAAUUGGUGUGUCAGUCUUUGGAGUACAACACACAUGGAACAUGGUUGAUAGUUCAAGAAAGGAGAAAAGGUUAAAGUGAGGCUUGGUUUUAGCUAAGCUUUGCUCUUUUUGAGUUGUGUUUUUUUGAAGAAGAAGAAGAAGAGAAGAGAGGAGAGGAGAAAAAUUAGAUCAAAAAUGGGUUGUUGGUAUUCAAGAUUAGAGAGAGAAGAAUUGGUUUCAAGAUGCAAAGCUCGAAAGAGAUACAUGAAACAGUUAGUAAAAUCAAGACAAGCUUUUUCUGCUUCUCAUUCUAUGUACUUACGUUCAUUGAGGAAUACUGGUUCUGCUUUGCUUCAGUUUGCUACCGGAGAAACUGAUCUCCACCCCCAAAACCACCACCUUCCACCACUUCCACCGUCGCCACCACGGCGACUCACCACCCCUCACCCGCCUCCUCCGCCGCCACCACCGAUGAGUCCUACAUCCUGGACAACCUCUACCACUACAUCUUCCGCCCUUCCACCACCCCCUCCGCCGCCGCCGCCUCCACCUCCUCCUCCGGCGACAUCAAAUUGGGAUUUCUGGGACCCAUUUGUGCCGCCUCCGUCAUCUUCGAGGUCAGUCACGGAGGAAGAAUGGGACGAGACAACGAUAACAUCGGAGGCCGCCAUCACCACCACGGUUGGAGCGGCGAGCGUGGCGGCUCCGCCGUCGGCGGUUAGCCAGUUUUCUAAAGAAACCACUUCAACAAGUGAACUUGCGGUGGUGGUCUCUACUAAAAGCAAAGACUUGGUGGAAAUCAUCAAAGAGCUCGAUGAGUACUUUCUUAAUGCUGCUGAUGCUGGUGGACAACUCUCAUUGCUUUUGGAAGUUCCCAAUUGUGCUUUUUCCGAACAAAGAUCUUCAGAUAAGUUGAUGAGUCCUUUUUCAUGGUCAUUUGGUGGAAGUUCAAGAUGGAAUGGAAUUGGAAGAUUUUGUGAUGACCCAAUGAACAAAUCCAUCAAUGGGGCAAAUGGUGCCAAAGCAGCUUCCCACUGUUCCACUGUGGAGAGAUUAUAUGCUUGGGAGAAAAAACUCUAUCUUGAGGUCAAGCAUGCUGAGGCAUUAAAGUUGGAGCAUGAGAAAAGGGGAGGUCAUGCUAGGAAACUAGAGAUGAAGAGGGCUGAUUAUGUGAAAACAGAGAAAGCCAAGAAAGAAGUAGAAAAGUUGGAAUCACAAAUGAUGGUUGCUGCACAAGCUAUUGAAACUACAUCAGCUGAAAUCAUCAAAUUAAGGGAGUCAGAGCUCUAUCCACAACUUGUUGAUCUGGUCAAAGGGUUGAUGUACAUGUGGAGAAGCAUGUAUGAAUGCCAUCAUGUUCAAACGCAUAUAGUGCAGCAGUUGAAGUAUCUCAAUACUGUGCCAUCAACUUAUCCUACCUCUGAGCUUCAUCGACAAUCAACAUUACAACUUGAGCUUGAACUGGAACAGUGGCACCUAUCUUUUUGCAACCUAGUGAAAUCUCACCGGGAUUAUAUUCAGUCCCUUACUGGCUGGCUCCGUCUUAGCCUAUUCCAGCUUGGCAACAACCCCGUACCUAAGACCAGCCAGGACAAUGCAGUUUACUCCCUUUGUGAAGAGUGGCAUCUUGCAGUCAACAAUGCUCCAGACAAAGUAGCAUCGGAAGGAAUCAACAGUUUACUAACUGUUAUCCAUGCCAUUGUGGUGCAGCAAUCAGAAGAGAUCAAGCAAAAGAAGAAAUCAGAGAUGGCAUUUAAAGAGCUCGACAAGAAAUCUUCUGAGCUUCGGUCACUAGAGUCCAAGUAUGGCCCGUAUUCUAUACCCGAUUCCUCUAGCAGUAGUACAAGGAGCAAGAACCCUGUGACCGAGAAACGAGCUAAGGUGGAUGCUAUCAGAGCAAAAGCUGAGGAUGAGAAGGCCAAGUAUGACAAAGCUGUGAGUGUAACAAGGGCAAUGACAUUGAACAAUCUACAGAUGGGUUUGCCACAUGUUUUUCAGGCUGUGACGGGUUUUGCCAAUGUAUGGACACAUGCAUUUGAGUCGGUAUAUAAUCAAGCUAAAAAUACUGAUCAGGUGCAUGAAAUGAAGAGGAUUUUGCCUUGAGAUACAGAGUGUGCGCUUCAUUGUGGUCCAGGCAGCCAGCAGGAAAAAUGUAUAUACGUGUUCUUGAAUUCCCCCUACUGGUUUCCCAGUAUGUGCUAUAAUUUAUUGGGGAACUUAGAAAUGCAGAUUUUCUUGAAAGUGAGCGAAAGAGAUGAUUACGGCUUAAGCAAUUAUCGACAGUGUAAGUAUGGCUGGCUGAUGGAGGUAGGUGAUAUAGAUUGCUAGCUUUUGGCGUUAGAUGAUGUUAGGAUUUUGAAGUAUGCUUUAGCUUUGCUCGGAAACAGUUGCUAGUGUUUUUCCAUUUGUCCUUUUGGAUCAAAUGCUGGGAAAAAAUAGUUUUGC